GGCUGCAGCGGGAGUCUUAUUAUAACCGCAAUUGAAAAAACGCUGAAGACUUGUGAAAAUAUGCUUGACAAUUAUUUUUCUCACCAGCUAUCGGCAAUUUUAAAAUCAAAUUUAAUUUUCCCAAAAGCAACUAAGCUGUACUCUCAAGUACUUGUAAGCUUGCUCAACGCCGAAUCUCGCAAGGCACCUGACAAUUAUAAAAAGUUAUUAUUGCUAGGGAAUUUUCAAACAGCCAUCUUCGCUCUCGCGCUGGAAAUUGUAAUCUUCUCUUCUGCCUGCAAGCAAUUCACUUAUGAAGCGGUUGUGGCUGCUCUUCAGUUAGAUUAUUUUGAUUGUCUCAAAGUCAUCCAGUUCUUUUCAAGAUUUGAAACUUUUUUUAUUGGACAGCAGCUUCAGCACUUGUCUUUUAUAGAAGAACGCAUUCUAGAGGAAUUAAUUUGGCGCUCUGCCUCCUUAUUGGAAUUACUUUCACUUCAGAAAGAUCAUUCUUUUUACAAAGAUUAUUAUAAAAAGUUACACUCAGGCGAAGUAGAACUGCCGAAGACGCCUCCGCGGGAUCUUCAAAAAACUCCCCCGCGAGGCAAAGAACUUUUUUUUUUCUAUCGGAAAAUAUAUCGCCUUUUUUUAAGCCGACUGGGCAGCUUGGCGGGCGCUUUGGAGAUCCCGCCGAGUUAUAAAGAAAAGAUCAGAUUUCUUAUAGAGUCGAGUCUUGUUUUCCAUCCCGAUCUUUUUUUUGACAGGCACGUGGAUCAGAUCAUCAUCUGUUGCAUUUAUGGCGCGAUGCGCUUAGCUCCGAGCGUUGUUCCUUUUCGAGUUAUUAUAGAGCGUUACCGCAGUUUAUAUAGAGACAGGAAUGCAGUUUACAAGCGCGUUCCUUUACAAGAUGGCCAGCGGGGACACAUCAUACGAUUCUAUAACACAAUAUUCAUCCCGCGACUUAAAAAAUCUAUUUUUUCUCUUGAAAAGGAGGACGACAAGCUUGCAGUCGAACAAUCUCUUCUCCUCGCCGCCCUAAAUCACACAUGUUCGUUCAGCGAACAAAAAGUUUUACUGGAACAAAAUGUUUUUCUCUCUCCGAAGCGGCCAAAAUUAGCGGCGGCAGCAGAAACGGCAGUGAUUUCGGCUUCCUCCCAUGCGACGACGCCUCGAUCUCACGGGAUCCUUUGCUUCGGUGACUCGAGCCCGCUUUCCAGUCCAAGUAAAGCUAUUAAUAUGAUUAAUGAAAGAGUAAACAAGAAGAAAAAGUCUGCACGUGCAUUGAAGUUCUAAUUUGAGAUUU